UACAGUCGCAAAUCAACGAGAGAUGUCUCCGAGAAUGGUCUCUGUCACAGCUGCUGUCAUCCUUCUCUUUACCGGCUGCGCAUCUCAGAUAACAGGCAACUGUGGUUCAGGCUGGGUGCUUCUUCAUUCCACCUGUUACCACCAGUCUCUGAAACCAAAGAACUGGUCCUCAGCCCUGGCAAGCUGCCAAGAAAAAGGCGCCGAUCUGCUGUCAUGGUCAGAACAAAAACUGUCAGAGAUGGAACUUGCUGACUCUGAAGGAACCUGGUGGGUAAAACUACAAAGUAACUCAAGUGAAAGCAAGGGGAUGUCACUCUAUGAUAGCUCAUCUUUCUCAGGGGAAAUCAUAUUGUGGAACGAGGGCGAGCCCAACAACCUAGACAGUCACGAAGACUGUGUGGAGAUGUACCCUACGGGGAAACUGAAUGAUGUUCCCUGCUACCGGCAACAAAACUACAUUUGUAAGAAAUAUUUAAAGCUCGAUAUCCACUCUAGGAACAGUUGUGAUACGAACUGGACCAUGAUCUUGGAUUCCUGCUACAAGCUUUAUAAUGAGAAGAAGCAGUGGAAAGACGCAAAGAGCAGCUGUAAUGAGGACGGCGCCAAUUUGCUGACGUUGGAGUCUUUAGAUGAGCUGUUGCAGGUCAGGAAAGAGAUGGAUCGCAUCGCCAGGGACGAACAUUGGUGGGUGGGGCUGCAUGAGAUACCAACUAAUCAUUCUAGUGCCAAGUGGCAGUGGCUUGAAAGGCCUCCAAUGAUAUCACCUGCAGUUACACAGUGGAAGAAGGACGUGCUCAUCACAGAGGACUGUCUGGUGAUGGACUCUGAUGGUUUUCUGAGUGGCAAGCCAUGUGAUUCCUCUCUGUUCUUCAUAUGUGUGAAAUCAAACAACUGUGAAUCUGAAAGGAUCGGCAGAACCCCUUCGUGUUACAAGUUGUCCAAUAAGACCAUGUCGUGGUCUGGUGCCCAAGACAGUUGCAAAGCCGAGGGAACAAAUCUGCUGAUCGUCAGAACUUUAAGCCAACUGAUAAAGAUACAGAAUGAUAUUGAUAUGAAAACUUCGCCAUGGUGGGUAGGAGUGCGGACACAAAAGUGUGAAAUGAUCGCCUCGAAUAAUUCACUGGUCUUCACGGACUGCACAGAAUUACACUCCUACAUCUGCCAAAAAACUCAUAGUAAGUGGGAAACAUUUUUAGCAAUUCACAGGCAUUUUAAACAUAACCAAGAUAUAUAGAGGGAAUUGAUAGAUUUUUACAAUUUUCCUAAUAUUUGCUACUUCUAAAGAGUAUAACAAAAUACAGUUUUCAAGUUAAAAAGUUACGAGGAUUGCCAAUGUUUUCGAUAUCAAUGCAUUGUCAUAAUGUUAGUAAUGCUAGUACAGUGGUUCUUAACCUUGUUUGAGGUACCGAACCCACAAGUUUCAUAUGGACAUUCACAAAACCCUUCUUUAGUGUCAUCACGAAUUUACAUAAUCACUCCGGUGUGUCUUGACUUCCGUGGCAGACGCUCCGCCGAACCCCUGAGUCCGACUCACCGAACCCCUAGGGUUCGAUAGAACCCCGGUUAAGAACCACUGUGUUAUUGUCUUAAUGUGAAUGACGAUACAUGGUUAUCAUCUUUUCAAUUUUCGAGAAAAAAGGAGUAUAGAUUGUGAAACCAAAAUUAAAAACACUAAACUGUUUUAAUAUUUUCUAGUUUUAUUUUAGCUAUUAUGUUCAAAUCAUAAAAGAAACUUUCUGUUGUGACACAUGUGAUAUGGAAAAGUGUACAAAAUCUUUUUUUUCUAAUAAAAGUGUGCAGUAAAAUGUUACAUUAAGUGUAGGCAUGCUUCAGUAUUCAUUCCUACCCCUGAACAGCUGAACUACUGUCAUUCCAUCCAUAGAUCAUCCUUUUGAUUAUUCACACACAUUUGUGUCUCACCCCACUGCCUCAAAGUAGUGCUACUUCCUGAUAAUUAUACUCUCGGUUAUAAGGUCUAUUUUAGGUAUAAUUUAAUCAUAUUUAUGUCAUAUAUUGAUACAUUUGUCAACAUAUCACUGAGGAAGUAAAAUGUUCUACCUACAACAAAACUUCCUGUAACACUCAUUGUGAAAAAGACCAAAUAGGAUCAAAAUGAAUCAACAAAUGAUCGAUGCUAUACAAUUGUAGUAACUGAACUAACAGCGUUUGGUAUAUUUUCUAUCAAAAUCAAUGAGCAUAAAUAAUAAACAUAAGAUGUAUAUUUACGACAUAAAAACUCAAUUGUAAAGGAUACUCUGAAAGUUCAAGUAGUAAGCACUUGCUUGGUAUCUAUGACAAAAUGGCCGUGCAUUAAUGAAGACCUCUGUGCCUUUAAAUUCCUGAGGUGUGUCAUGAACAUUUAGUUUGUUAUGCUUGGUUAGUGUUAUGCGUGGUUACACAAAUCUGGACAUUGGCGAGAACAAAUAUCUCUGUAAGUCAACUCAGUUGACUGCCAAGUUGUUUUGGACCUCUCGAUCGGGAUGAGUGCCCUAGGUCCGCGAACAUCCCGAUAGGUAACCCGCAAAUUUUUAUCGCAAACCAGCCGCUGACAAUUAUCCCCUAGAAAAAUCAGUUGGUGAGGACCCUCUGCAGAUCCUCCCAGGAAAAGGUGAGAAAAAUAGCCAGAACACUUUUGCCUUUUCAUUAAUUGGAUAUGAUGAUUAACAUGAUAACCAUGAUGAUGAUGAUGAUAAACAUAAUAACACAACAUUACUAUUUUAUCAUGAAAACUCAAUAUUACCCACAUUUUUCACAGGCUAAGUUGUUUGUGUUAUAAUUUAAGAAUGUUGAUUUAAGCUCAGUGGGUACCAAACAAAAUCGCUAAGACUGUCAGUAUUACUGGUAAUCUUUCAGGUCAACAAGUACCCAUCAAAAGCUUUUCUUCUUCACGGGGUCAACAACAAAGAAAUUAGACUCCAACAGUCGUCCAAGAUAGAUGGGAUGGAAUUAUAUCUUUUUGAUAAAAUGAGUCGUAAGGUCUGUACGCUUGUAUUUUUUUGUGUUUUGUAGCAAGUGAUUAUGCACGCACAGUAUAUAUAUAUAAUUUGCUUUGAUGUAAUACAUGAUUAGAUAGAAGUGGGACCUUUGUCUUGUUCCCAAACUCGCUGGUGGGGAUUAUAAGCUAGGAGUAUUUUCCAUUAUUGUGAAAAUUUGAUUGGUUUGUCUAAAAGUUAUGAAUUAUAGCGGUAUCACGCUUAAAAUGAGGUUUUUACCCGUGAGACAGAAAAAAAAGAAAACAAGUAUCAGUCAAAAACAUGGUUAUUAAAUUAUGUUUGCUCGUGUCUAAGUUUACAUAUUUCUGUUCCUAGAAAAUAUUUUGUAAUUUGAAUGAAUACUGUAUGUAAAAGAUUCAAACUGUGAAGUCACUCAGUAACUAACCUCAGAAUGUUCUCUUAAAACAGGUUUCCACAAGAGCUACUAUCCUGUUAGUGGAAAUGUGGAAGUUGAAAAUUGUUUUUGUGUGAUAUUCUACAAUAAUAAUUAAUGCUUUAUAAUAUUAUACAUAAAAUCAAACAGAGAUGCCUACAUACAACGGUCUUUGUAACAUCUGCAUUCAUCGUCCUGAUUCUUUUCCCUGAAAGUAAGUAUUCAACUCUGAUUCAGUAGAAAGGCUUCUGGAUUGUGUGCAGAGCUCAAUUCUUUCAAGGUACAUAUAAAAGGCACAUUUCUACUGUUUUCCUGUUAUUCUUGUUGAUGAUACAUGGUAUAAAAGCUUAUUUAAAAGGUCCUAUAGUAAGGGAGGCAACCACUUUUCUAUGCUAAUAUGUAAUAGGGUUAAGUCCCCUGAGUUGUGACCAGAAAAAUGACUGAGACUAAGUCGUACAUUUUCUCUUUUUUUUAUUAUUAUUCAAACACAGUUAUCUUUGAUUCUUAAUUUUUGGAUACAUUUGUUAUUUUGCAUUUUACUUGUGCUGAUACUCUAAGAACGUUGUAAACAAACAGACUCUCCAGUAAGACUUUUAGCUUUUUGUUCUUUCAUUUAGUAUGAACUAAAAAUUUCGUUCAGCUCUGUGCCGCAUGCACUUAUGGAUCAUUCAAACUCCAAGGUCUAUGUGUCCAGAACUGGGACUACUUUGAGAGGCGGACGUUGAACGUUAAGGCAGGAAGAACACGUCGACUUUCUUAGAGGAGAGGAGGACAUCUGUAUAUUUUCUCGUGUUCCAAAGCACCGGACUUGGGAGGAGGGUAUAGCAUCAGAUUGGUGUCUGUUCGGCGGAUAUACGUGGUAUUGUUAACCCCGACUCGCUACACUGUGUGCUGUAGGAUGUAGAUGGCAAUCUCAUUUGCAUGAGCAAAGUUGAUGAGAUUCUGUAUGAAAGAGUGGAUGGUGGUCAUAACGAGAGUUAACAGACCUGUAGCUUGGAAUAUAACGGAUAAGACUUGAAUUAGAUAAGCCAGUGUGUUUUGCAUUUAUUUAACAUAAUUCUAUGAUUGAUAAAUCUGUUCUUCUUGCAUUGAU